UCAGCUGAUUACUUGUUCUGUUUUUAUUUAUUGUUUUUGCAACUGCAGCGUAGAAAAAAAUUGUUUACUCACGGUCGUAGGUCUGCAAUGUUGCCGGGAGUAGGAAUUUUCGGAACUGGUGAAAUCACCAAGGUGCUUGUGCCAUUACUGCGAGAAAAAGGCUUCGAUAUAAAAGCCAUAUGGGGGCCAUUGAAGGAGGCAGAAGCAGUGGCACAGUCGCAGAAAAUUGCAUUUUUCACAAACAAAAUCGAUGAUGUGCUACUUCGGAAAGACGUCGACUUGGUAUUCAUUGUAUGCCAACCUUUUCAACAUGCAGAGAUAUCCAAAAAGGCAUUAGGCAUUGGCAAACAUGUUGUUUGUGAUCGACCAAUGGGACUACAUCAAGCAGAUGCUUUGAAAAUGGUGCACGCUUCACAGUACUAUCCGCGACUUAUAACUUUGGUUAAUUAUUCGCUCCGUUUUCUUCCUGCCUUUACACACAUGAAACGAUGUUUACAGGAGGAACUUAUUGGACCGAUGAAUGAAAUAUCGCUUGUCGAUAUACGCGUACAACUAGGGACGCUGUUUCCCGAGAAGUUCGAUUGGAUGUGCGAUGCCGCUAUGGGUGGCGGAGCAUUGAAUUUGGUUGGUAGUCAUGUGAUCGAUUUGGUCAGUUAUCUGUUACAACAACAUGCAGUUCGCGUACACGGAGUAGUGCGUUCAUAUACGAAGACAACUGCGGCAGUAAAUGGCAUACGACAAAUUUCAGCUCCAGAUUUUUGUACAUUUCAAAUGGAAUUAGCAGGUGGAGGCGCACUGGUCACUGUGGCUCUACACAGUCAUACAGUGCCUGCUAAAGCAUUUUCACAAGAAGUGCUAAUUUGUGGUAGCAAAGGUCAUUUGGCUGUACGCGGAGGAGAUUUAUUUGUAUUCAAACACAAAGCAGAUCCACCACAGUUGAAAGAAGAAGCUGUCUACGUUGAUGUUCAGGAUUUGCACUUUGCCACUUCAGAAUCUAUGUUGCCACGGCCUUACAUAAAGGGUUUAUGCAAGAUGGUGGGUGCAUUGAAGGAAGCGUUUGCUGAUAAAGAUGCUUCGUGGGUAAAGGAACCUGUGCAAGCUGCCGCAACAUUCGAGGAUGGGCUAUAUGUUCAGGCGGUACUAGAUGCUAUUCGUAAAUCAAGUGAAACCAAAUCUUGGCAACGGGUUAGAAUCACACCGGAGACACCUUCGAACCACGAACAAAUAAUGACUUUUGCGCGCAUGUCAACUAUGUGAAAUCACCAAGUUUCGCCAAAUUGCUAAACCCGUUACAUAUUACUACUCGAGGAGAAUUAGGUUUUCCCGGGAGUUUCUAAUGCAUUUCACAUUCUUAUGAUAAUAUACAAAGUGGUGGCCUGUUAACUUAAAUUCUCUUUGUAUUAUAUCCUAAACAUUGGAAUAAUUUACUUACAUCCAUACAUAUUUCCACACCUCUCGAAACGUAACAAAAAAAAGUCGUAAAUUUCUGCAUUAUAAAUUUCUUUAUAAAAUCAUUUUAUGCAUAUUUAAACUAAGUGACUUAGUAUUAGUUGAAGAAAUAAAAGGAAAACAAAAACAAAUACA